CCUACCUCAAAUGGUUUUACCCCUUGUGGAAUUCAACCUUCCCCUGACCCCUCAUUUCCCACUACCUGUUCAAAAAUCACUGCAGAACCUCGCCAUGGACUACUUACUGAUUUAGCGCCUCUGGCUUUACCCAGCCCAACCUCCGUAUUCCUUUCUUCCUGCCUCUUCUGCCUGGACUGCAUGGACUUUGAAUCCCAUGGGAUUGCUAUGGCAAAUGGUCCUUGAAGAGCAUUUCCCGCCAAUUAGCUAAUCCCACUUCUGCCACUUGUCAGCUGUGUGACCUUGGGCCAGUCCCCGGUCUCAGGACUAUGCCGAGAGCCCCGAGAUGGAGUCCGUCAUGGAGCCCGACUUGUACAGCCCUGUCCUGGAGACCGGCGAUGGCGCCAACGAAGAGGCCGGUUGGGCCCUGCCCUUCCCCCUGGGGUUCCAGGUGUCCUUGGCCGGCUUCCUGGUGCUAGAGAUCGUGCUGGGCUUCGGCAGCAACCUCACUGUGCUGGUGCUCUACUGCGCCCAGACCAGCCUGGUGGACUCGGUCAGCAACAUGGUCACCGUGAACUUGCACGUGCUCGACACGCUGAUCUGCCUGCUCUGCGUCCCGUUGACGGUGGCCGUGCUGCUGCUGCCCCGCGGCCGACAGGGGGCGCUGCUCUGCAGCUUCCACGAGGCCUGCGUGACCUUCAGCGGGGUGGCCACGGCCGUCAGCGUGCUGGUCAUCAGCCUGGACCGCUACGACAUGUCCGUGCGGCCGGCGCGGCGGGUGCUCACCCCGCCGCGGGCGCUGCUGCUGCUGGCCGGGGCGUGGUUGCUUUCGCUGGCCACCUUCUUCAUCCCCUUCCUGGAAGGGGAGUUGGCGGCGGCGGCCACCGGGCCGCACAACCGCACGCUGCCCUGCAUGGGGGGCGGGCCGGCCCGGGCGGUAGGGCUGGCCGCGCACUGCCAUCUGCUGGUGCAGAUCCCCGCCUUCUUGGCGGCGCUCGCCGUGAUGCUGGUCACCUACGCGCGGAUCCUGCAGGCGCUCAGCCUGGGCAUCGGCAUUCGGGGCCUGGCCCAGAUCCCGCCCGCGCCCGCCCCAGCGCUGCAGACCUCCGUGUCCGUGAUCAUAGCGCUCCGCCGCGCCGUGCGGCGCCACCGGGACCGGCGGGAGCGGCAGCGCCGCGUGUUCCGUAUGUCGCUGCUCAUCGUCAGCUCUUUCUUGGGCUGCUGGGCGCCGCUCUCCGUGGGGAACCUUCUGGUGUUGUGCUUAGGGCCCAGCGAGCGGCUGGGGCAGCUGCGCCUCUGCUUUCUGGCCGCCGCCUACGGCACCACGGUGCUGCACCCGUUGCUCUACGCCUUCACCCGCCAGAAGCUGCGACGAGCGCUGCGAGGCCAGGGCAAAAGGCGGGCGGUGUCCGCGCUCCAGGCGGACCGCGCACCGGGCGCCGGGGUGCUCCACCACGCCUGGGUGGGGCCGCGCAAAGGCCGCGCUGCCGAGCGGCCUCCCACCAGCGAAGAGACCGAUCGUUGCCUCGCCGAGCCCGGCAAGAGUUGAGUCAGGGUCGACCCCCGGAGGAGGCUAGACUUAGGUGCUUGGGUCCUGAAGCUUCCCCUCCUUCUCCGCCCCCUCCCGGAAGAUCGCCCCAAAGACAGAAGACCCGACUGCCUCGCCUCCCCACCCCCCUUCCCGCCCGGGGGGAGGGGAGGGAGCGGGAAUAUCCCUGGGAAUAGAGAUGGCGGUUUCGGGCAGUGUCAUUAAAACAGUCUCUUCCCUCCGGUCUCCCCAUCGUUUCCCCCCCACCCCAGCUCUCGCGGAGCGGGGACCCGAGUCUGGAUAAUAGCCCCUGGUGAGUCCGGGCGACUACCACGUGCCCAUAGGCCGCUCCAGGGUCCUGCCCAACUCCCCCUCCGCCGUCUUGGGGCAUCACCCGGCCGCCCGGGGCGACCUCUUCUCUGCCCCACCCAUCCACCCCUUUCCCUACUUCCCAUCUCCAAAGAAAGCACAAAUGGGCCCUCCUGGCUCUUCCUCCUGUCCCGAUAUAUCCCCGGCUCCCGCUGUCCCACCCUCCAGCGCCCUUUGCUAUCCCUUCAUACGGCGUAAGGGUAGGGUCACUUCUGAAGACCAGGGUCGGUAGAAAGAGCAAAGCUUCAAAACGUCCCUGGGGGCCUCAUUCAGCCGGAGCCCCGGCUCCGGGAUUAAGGUCGGUAACCGGAAGCCCUUUCCUCCUGGAAGGCCUCAGCUGCCCAUGGGAAACUGCCGCGGGAACCCGCAUCCGAGGAGGAGGGAGAAGGAGGAAAAGGCGAGCUCACCCUGGGGGAAGUGUUGAGUUGAGAACCGGGAGGCCGAGCGGGAUCCGGGAACAACGUGGCUCCUUUCCCCGUCCCUAUUUUGAAGGGAAGCUUGCCGAGGGAGCGUCGAAGGCGCUAGUGAGUUUAAGGCACCGGGAGGUCGGGGUGGGGCAAAAGUCAAGGAACGCCGCGGACCAGGGACCGGAACUGGAAUUAAUACAGGCAAUAAAACGGAGGGAGGGGGCAUCCCGGCCAGAAGGGGACCACGCAGACAACCCCGCCCCGCCGCCGACCCCUGCCAAGUCUCUCGUUACAGCAAUAAGUAGCCGCCGCAGGUCGGUGGGUCAGGAUCCCAUCCCCACCGGGACCUUCCUGACGGGGUCAGCAGAGCUCGGCACGCAAAACGGAUCUUAAGUUCCCCUCCAAUUCUACCAAAGAGGUGUCUCGGUCUCAAAUCCAGACCGGGCCCAAGUACCGCAGUUACCCUGGGGUCAGCACACGCUGAGGGAAGAAGCAGGAAGAGGUUCCGUUCCCAUCCCAGGGGCGCUAGGCUUGGACCAGAUUAGAAACCCUGGGACCUAGACCCGAACGAAGGAGAAACCUUCAGUAAAAGGUCGCCGCCGCCUCCACCUGAAGUUCUGCGGGAAGCGGGAUGUGGGAGAUGGAUGACGAUGGUAGGGAGAGAGAAUCUCCAGGUCAGGGCUCUGGAUAAGUUUUCCCCCUCCCAGAGGAGGGAGGGGGAGAUGGGGACCUGGGCCCUGUGUCUGUGACCAUCCGUGGGCUCGCCUGACUCAGAGGGGAUGGGUGAUAGGAUCGGUGGGUGUGACUGUGCCAGGGGUCGCAUACCUCCCGUCUACUUCCUCCCACCCAAGUGGGCUCCACCGGCAGUCUCGGCCACUUCCAUGGGCAGAGGAAGCAGAAGCGGAAUGCUUCCGCGGUUGGGAGUGGGCAUCGUAUUUUUGAGUACCGUCGAUCAGGUUGGAUUCGCCCCCUGCCCUUACCUGGGCAGACGGGUCUUGUACUAUGUGUAAACACCCCCGAAGGAUCUUCUCUGGACCAUUCUCCCCCCACCCGCCCCCCGCCCCUUCAUCUCAAUAAACUUGAACCUCUCCGCGGU